UCGGCCCGCCAUUUUACUACGCACAUCAUCUCUUUUUGGUCGGUCCGGUAACCAUGGUCAACAAAUGGCGGAUAAUGUGUAGAGAAUGAUCUGUCGUGUCUCCGUCCUUCACUUUUAAAAUGCCGGCGUGUGCAUCUAUAAACUGCACAAACAGACAACUACGAGGAUGUGGAAAGACAUUUCAUGUCUUUCCAUUCAGCCAACCCGAGAUUUUAAAGAAAUGGGUAAUCAGCAUGAAGCGGGACAAUUGGAGCCCUUCAAAGAAAAGUGUGCUUUGCUCCGAUCAUUUUGAGCAGUCAUGCUUUGAUAGAACGGAACAGACAACCAGACUCAAAGCAGGUGUUGUGCCAACAUCAUUUAAAUUUCCAGUGCACCUUCAGAAGUGUACAAAGAAAAGAAAGCAACCCAAGGAAAGACUUCUCCCACCGGAUGCUGACAUACAAUGUGCAAAGGAACCCAUGGCAGAAGAAAUGACUACCCCCAGUGAUAUUUCAAUCAUACAAACAGAUCACACAUACUUCACCAAGGAAAGUCCACGAGCUAUGAAGCACAAGUUGGAUGUCACAUCUGCCAAGCUUUGCGAGAUGAAGAAACGAUUGAAGGUCUCGCAACAGAAAACAAGACGCCUUCAUAAAAGGUAG